GGGCAGGAGCGGGAGCAGGUUCCUCCCAGUGCGGACGGGCCUGUGCGGGGGCACCUGGAGACCUCAUCCCCCACGGGCCCUGCCACGGCCCAGCUCAGCAGCCCUGGCCCCGAGUGCUCAGCCCCAGGGACAGCCCCACAAGCAGGGGCCGAGCGGCUCCUGCUGCUGCCCCGAGGGUCGCCAGCCCCAUCCCCUGACAGCGGGAGCUCGGUGUGUCAUGGCCACAGGCCAGGGGAAAGUGGAGCGGCCUCCUCUCGUCCAGGAGGCUGCAGGCUCUGGAGCAGGCCUGCUCUGGGGGCACAGCCCGGGUGCCUUUGCUGUCCCCAGGCCUCCAUGUGCGUCCUGUGCUUGUGGACAGCCCCAGCUCUGGCAGCCUGCACGAAAGGGGGAUUUCCAGACACGGAGGUUGUUUCUCCCUCUUGGUGAGAGCACGCGCCGGGGCUGUGUUGCCAGAGAAGCAAGUGGGAAGCGCUCCUGCUUGGACGCAGCUGCCUUGGCAGAUGCUUGUGCCCCUCUCUUGGCCCCGUGCUCUGAUUCGUGCCUUUCCUCCCACCCCAGCAGUGCUGCUGGCUCCUGGGGAAUGGGGGUACAGAGGGGGGAUGGUUUUACCACAGCUGGGAAGCUCCAGUCCGCCUGUCAGGGACUUGAAGCUUCCUGGUUCUUGCAGUAUCAGGGGACUUUCUUUUGGCUGUUUUUUAAAUGUAAUUUUUUCCAGGGAAAGUGCAGCGUUUCUCUCUGAUUGCUCCCUGUGUGGAUUGUAUCUCUCCUCGGCCAGGUGCGCAGUAGCUUUUGGACGAGGAGUGGGAUUAUUCCAGGGUGACGUGAGCGGUUGGGAUCAUAAGGCUGUUUUGUUUCAGGCAGGCAGGUGGAAAUGUGUGCUUAGAUCUGCCUGUGCUGCCUACCCUUUUGAUUGCAGUGCUCCCCUCUAGUUCUCCGUAAUACUCACUUCUCCUACUUGGCUCCAGCAGGCUUCAGUUUCUGUAAAUUGAUGCUAGACUUUGCAACUGUUUAUACUUGACUCAUCACAAAUUUGGAAAUUCCCUGUUCAGGUCUCUCUACUUUCUUCCCCCCACCCUUGUCCUGCAGAACCGUGUUUGACUGCAGGGCCCGCAGAGGCUGUGUUUCCUCCCCGUGGUGCAGAAAAUACGGACGUGAAAAAGCGGUAGAUCGUGAUUCCGAAAAGACCCCUUUCUUUGUGCUCAUUACCACAUUCGGUUGCCUGUUGUGGGUUCUUAAAUGAUGUGAGUUACUCUUAAAUGGUCUUAAAUGAUGAGAGUUUCUUAAAUGAGGUGAGCUUUCAAUGAUGUGAGCCAUAGCGAUCCCUUGUUGGCAUUCCUGUGCUCAGGAGGUGCAUCAGAAACUCUGUUGGCAUUGCUUCUGCCAGACAAGUAACCGGUGUCAGCUGAUGCUCUAGUCCCAGCCCAAAUAAGCCAUCUGGAAACUCAGGGGACUGGGAAGUUUGGCACGUUAACAGCCGGGAGGUCUGCAGAAGGCAGCGAAAAGCCAGUAGAGCCCCGUCAAGUUGUCAGUGCUUAAACCUCCCAAGGUUUCCUUUGCGCUGUGCUUCCCUGCAGAACAGCAGCAAAUCUCAUGCCACCUACCGCUGGGGCAAGCCUUGAUGUUUUCAUGAUCAUGCUGCCAUCCAUUUUCUGUAGUGGUCGCCAGAGCAGGGUUCCCAGGAGGGACAAGGAUCGGGAGGACGUGGUCAUCUUGCCGAUUUCCUUGAAACGGGGGAGUUUUAUAAGCAGUGGAGAUCUGACCGAAGGCCCAAACCGGUGGCCGGAGAUGAGGAAAGGGGCAAUGCAGAGAGGGCAGAACAGGCGAGAGGAGCACAGCGUGCUGUGGGAGCAUCUCUGUAUCAUCACCGACCGGAGAUGCCAGAGUGGGUCCAGAAUAUGCUUCCCUGGGACUGUGUAGUGGCCUGUAGCAGAGUGGGCAGAAGGAGCCUGCUGGGGAAGAGCCUGAGAAGCCAGGGGAUGUGCAAUACUGCAGUCAGCCCCGUGGCAGGAGGGAGGUCGUUCAGUCCUUCGGGCUGGGCUGCACAAUCUAAAGCCUGCAGUGUAACAUCCUGUACUGGAUUUUGGCAGUUAGCGUUGGUCACCCAUCUGAUCAAAACCAGACCUGUUCUCCAGAGGUUGGCAGCAGCUGGAAAAGAGAGGUUCAGAAGACCUUGCUUUUUAAAACCUAACCCAGAGCAGAAGGCUUGUCAUGGAACCUGUGGUGCCUUUAAGUGCAGUUUUCACGUCUUUGAGGGAAGAGGCAUUUGGCUGCCAGUUUGUAGUGCUGACUGUUUUGCAGACUAAGCGUACUUUGUAAGCACGGGAGAGAACUGGACAGGGGCAAGUAAACGCUUCGGGCAACUGCAAAGAAGGGACGGGGUCAGCCUGUAACAUUUCUGUCAGGGUCAAAAGUUAAAGGGUGUUUCCAUUCAAAGAGGCGAGUCUGUCGGGAGCUGCAGUCUCCAGAAUUGCAAACCCUGUGUGUCCAACAGUGAUGAACCCUUCUGUUUCUUUCUGCUGCUCUCUAACACAGUUUCUCUGGGCUUUUUCUUCGCUUGGUUUUUAAUCUCUAGUAGGCGUACCAGCUCAGUUCCAUCCAGCCACUUGCAAACCUGCCAGUUGCCCACCUUCUGCUGGGGCCAAGCCAAAGGGAUGAAGCCUCGAGCUCUUGCCAAGCCUGCAGCAAGGUUAAAGCACCAAGAAGUUCCCCCAGCCAGCCAUGAGCCAGAGCGCAGGUAUCUUAGCUGCAGUGAGAUGGAAGAAGAGCCUGGAAAACAAUUGCUCGUCAGGAGGCGAUGGGAGCAGAAAAACUCGAGAAGUACUCCAGAGGAAAGAAAGAAGUGCAAAGAACUGGUGAAGAAAGAGGUGCCAGUCAAGGAGGGCAUGUAGGCUGUAGAGGAGGACACGGAUUAAAGAUGUUAAAGCGGCAGUGGAGAGAAGAGAACAUUUCUUUGGGGUUUCCUGUUCUGACAGCAUCUGGCGACCCAUGGUCAGAGGAGCCUCCCCAGCCAGGACGGGAUUCUGAGAGCACCUGGUCGCUGUCUUCGUUCGACAGCAGCGACAUGACGACGGUGUUUGGAGAACACCUCCAGCCUUCGCAGAUGACAGAAGUUCUCCUGGUGGCCAUUGAGGCCUUGGCAUCAGACGACGCCUCCGACAGGCAGAUGGGCAGCAGCGUCGUGGACAUGGCCGUGAGAGACCCUGCCGGCUGGCUGACGGAUGUGCCAAAGGUGACGAGGUCCAUCCACAGAACCGUGGAGCGCAUCCAGAGCGAGCCAGCCCGGCACAGCCUGGACUCGCUCCUUCUCCUGCUGAUCAAGUGGUGCUCCGAAGAAGUGGUGGGGAGCCUGCUGAAGAUCUCUCCGGCCUGUGACAGCGCUGCCCUGGCCAUGUGGGAGGUGAUGCUCUCCGUGCCUUGGGCUUUGUGGAACGUCUUGAUGGAGCUGCUCAACGUGCUCCAGGACCAGAAGCUGCGCAAGGUGUUCAGCUCUGCCACGGAGGAUGCCUGCAUCUACCCCUUGUUUCUGCUGGUCUGUCCUGGCGUUGACCCCGAGGAGUUUGCUGCCCUCUACAAAGCCCAGCGGUACCUGAGGCAUCCGAGCCCGCUGAUGCUCUCGCUGGUGCUCAGGGUCCUCCUGACGCUUUCCGAGAGCCCGGAGAUGGCCAGAAGAAUGCCCGUGCUGGUGCCAGACCUCGUGGAGACCCUGCAGGACGCCAGUGCUGACGUCCAGACGAAGGCCCUGCUGUUCUUCAGGAACGUGCUGGUCCACCUGAAGCAGGAGGAGGCCAGCCUCAUCGCUCUGCAGCUGGCGGAGAAGCUCCUGCCCCUCUUCGAUGACGAGUGCAGCCAGCUGCGGGAGCUCUCCAUCAGCCUCUUCCGAGAGGUGGUGAAGGCUGUGGCGAAGCAGGGGAGAAACAAGAAGAAGAUGGUGCUGCAAGUGCGGAGGGUGCUGCUCCCGCUGCUGCUCCACGUGGCCGACCGGAGCGAGAGCGUGGCCCAGGCCUCCAGGGACACCCUCGCAAGCUGUGCAGAGUUCCUGGGGUGGACGAGGCUCAGCUCCCUGGCCGAGACAUGUGAGACACGCCUGAUUGGGGAGUGCUUGUUAGCGCACAACAGGAGCAGGGCGGAAGAAUAUCUGCGCCAGAGCCUGCCGUACCUGAAGGACAGUCAGGCCAGCUUGCGAGAGGCGGCCGCCAGCUUCCUCGGGCUGGCUGCACAGCGCCUGCGGAACCUCAGCCAGGAGAAGCGCUGGGAGAUCUGUAACGGUGAGGAAGGGCAGUGCUGUGCUGGCUGGGGCUGCUGGGGCAGGGGCCAGAGCCCGGGCAGGCUGCUGCCGUGCCUGGCCGCGCUGCAGGGAGAGCUUUGCUCCGGGGGCAGAGGAACGAGUCAGGGGCCCUCGGAGCGGUCUGAGCAGCAGCUGCCAGCUCGGCUGUUUGGCUUCCCCAUCUUCGUCACCCCACAUCCCCAUGCAGCUGGCCCCGUUCCCAUUUCUGUGCUCAUCACUUUAGGCGUGCCUCUGAUCAACAAAGUCCCUCUCAACACAGGCAAGUCUGCCUUUCACAGAAUCCCAGAACGGUUGAGGUUGGAGGGCACCUGUGGCAGGUUCACCCGCCCGAUGAAAAUCGGGCUGCCUGGCGGUUGA